AUGACUCAUCUCAAUUCUACUACCAAUUAUUUAGAUAUUUCGCAUGUUCGUGGAGGCAGACGAAGUCGAAGGACAUAUUAUUAUCCCCUCCCUAAUGGAGAGGUCGGUGCAAGUUACCGAGGGAAUAGGGAAUACUGGAAUGGCGAAAUGGUACAAAGGGCUUCUUGGACGCCUCUAAUUGAGGAUCGUAGUUCCAGUAAUGGUGUGAUUGAUCGUGGACCCUUGGUUGACUACCGAAAUCCCGCAGAUAUUCAAUUGCAACGGGACAUUCCACAAGCUUCGUCUUCCAGUAGACGGCAAUUUGGUAUACGCAUGUAG